AUGGCUACCCAAGAAAAAGUGCCCAUCGAGAAGGCGGACGUAGCUCCCGAGGGCACGCCUGGAGAUAUCAGCUCAGAUGCGGGCGAGAUCGCCGAGACCGUGAACGAAAAGGCUCUGCUGCGCAAGAUUGACGGCCAUCUUCUACCGGCAGUGGGCUUGCUCUACCUUUGUCCUUCCUCGACCGGUCUAAUGUGCGCAGCUGGAAACGAGUAUCUUACCGGUCUCACCCUCUACUUUGUUGGUUACGUUAUCUUUGAGAUCCCAUGCAACAUCAUCCUCAAGAAGACGACACCCAGGGUAUGGUUGCCGACCCUAACGAUUGCUUGGGGCAUCGUCGCCACGCUGAUGGGCAUCGUCACCAACCUCCCAGGCUUCCUCAUCGCUCGUUUCUUCCUCGGCGUCACCGAGAGCGGCCUGUUCCCGGGCGUGGUGUACUACUUCUCCAUGUGGUACAAGCGCAAGGAGAGGCAAUUCCGCAUCUCCCUCUUCUUCAGCGGCGCCGCCCUUGCUGGUGCGUUUGGUGGCCUCCUUGCUUACGGUAUAGGGCACAUGCGCGGAAUCGUCUGGGAGAACGGCUGGAGAUGGAUCUUUAUCCUGGAAGGUAUUCUCACAGUAGUGGUCGCUGUGGCCGCGUACUGGUUUAUCCAAAACUACCCGGAUACCGCCACCUUUAUUACCGACAAGGAGCGGCUCUUUAUUCGGGACCGCCUUGCCUCGGACAGCGAUGCCACCCUUGAUGAAAGUUUCACAUGGGAUAACGUUAUCGCGGCGCUCAAGGAUCCCAAGUGCUGGCUCUACGGCCUGGGCUUCCAUACAACCAGUCUCCCCCUUUACACCUUUUCCCUGUUCCUGCCUUCCAUCAUCGCCAAUCUCGGCUACAAAGCUGCCAUCGCACAGCUUCUCACCGUGCCCCCUACGCCUUCGCAUUCAUCACGACCCUCACCACCGCCGUCGUGUCCGAAAGAGUCGGCCGCCGCGCCCCUUCAUCAUGGGAUCCUCCCUCUUCGCCAUCAUCGGCUACGCGAUUUUGCUGAGCAACAAGGAUCCCGUGGGCAGGCCGGGCGUGUCCUACGCGGGUACGUUUUCGCCGCCGGCGGCAUUUUCCCCGCGGUCGCGCUCGUGCUGUCCUGGCCGGCCAUCAACAUCUCGGGCCAGACCAAGAGGGCGGUCGGCAACGCCAUGCAGAUCAGCAUCGGUAACCUGGGCGCCGUGCUGGGCACCCAGCUCUACCGCGCCAACGACGGGCCGCGGUACAUUGUUGGCCACUCCUUUGCCCUAGCCUACCUUUUCGGUAACAUCGUCGUCGCGGGUCUCUUGUGGUGGGUGUUGAAACGGGAGAAUGAGCGGCGGGCGGAGAUUACUGCCGAGGUCAAGGCUGUCGGGGAGCUGGACGACUGGACCGGGGAUGCCGAUCCCCGCUGGCGAUUCGAGUAUUAA